UGUGCGACGCAUCCAGCAGCCUGUGUUCAUGAAGGACCCCAAAUGAACAAUCGCCCAUAGAAACACAUUUUGAUUAUUUUGGUGAAAAUAAUUUAAAAUAAAGCUGAUCUGAUUCGUUUCUGCUCUGAGAGCUAAAGCGCCGGACUGUAAAAAUGACCAAGAAGAGGAAAAGGCAGGACGAUUUUCAUAAAGUCAAACUAAAAGUAGGCAAGAAGAAGCCCAAGGCUGAAAAUGCAACCGACACCAACUUCAGAUCAAAGAGCAUCCAUUUACCGGAGCAGCUGACUCGUGACGCCAGUGGACCCACCACUCACCGGCAGCUUGGCAUUAAGGACCUUCUCUCUCAGCUGCACCACUACAACAGUAAUGUGAAGCAGGGGGCUCUGGUUGGUUUGCGAGAGCUGCUGUCGGCGCACCCCUCUCUGGUGGAGCAGCACGCCUCUGUGGUGCUGACCGAGGUGGCUGCACUCUUCACUGAUAAAGACGGAACGGUGCGGACAGCGGCAGUGCGGCUCCUGCGCUUCAUGGCUCAGUGCAUUCCCGCUGAGCGGGUCGCCCCUUUCUUCCCCCUCCUCAGUGCUCACCUCACCUGCGCCAUGACCCACAUCUCACAGGGUAUCCAGGAGGACGCUCUGCGGGUGCUGGACGUGCUGCUGGAGCACUACCCCGCCCUGCUGUCCCAGAGGCACACAAAGCUUCUGACCAACUUCUUGGAGCUCAUCUCACAGAGGAGACUGGGCAAGACUGCGGGGGACAGGACAGUUAAAGGCAGCUACGCCCUGUCCAUCACCACCAACCGCUCGCUGACAGCCCAGCAGUGGAGACUUACUGUCCUUCUCAGGUUAGGCCGCUUUCUACAGGCAGUAGUGGAGGAAAGGCCCACAGAAGAUGGUGUGGCAUGUGGAGGUGGAGUUGGGAUGUGGAGUGAAGAGAAAGGUGUGGUGACGCCUGUGGAAGUCAGCUGGGAGGAGCAGAUAUUCAGCAAAGGAGGAAUCCGGGUGUUUGAGAACUCUGGAGUCAAUCCCACACCACACUCCACCUAUCGGCUGAGGCCGGAUUCUGAGCCCAGGACUAGUGUGAGUGAGGAUCUGUGCUCAGCAGAGACGGUGCAGGGCUUUGCAGAGACUCUGGUGCCGCUGCUUUUGGAGGUGUGGGUGGAGGCCAUGGGUGGGGACAGCAGAACGCAGUCCGACAGCGGUCACCUGCUUUCAGAAGAGGCCAUGGCACUCAUGUUCCAGAUCCUUACAAUACUACAGCUUCUGCGGAGGCUCGUACCGCAUAGAGACCAGCAGGAUUUGCUGGAUGCCUGGUUUCGGAACACGUAUCUCAACGACUACAAACAGCACUUCAUGAAGAACUUUCCCUAUGGUCAGCUAGAAGUGGCCAAGCACAAGAAAAAAAUUGACAUUAAGAGGAGCAGGCAGCAGGUGGUGGGUGGUGGUGUUGCUGGAGGAAACGUGGAGCCGUUGGCUCUGAAUGUCAUGCUGUGUCAGGUGAUGGUGACUCUCAGCCUGAGGGGGCGGGACAACGUUGCCGGCCUGGAUUCAGACUGGCUCGGACCAAUCCGAGCGUUUGUCACGGACACGCUGUCCAAUGGAGGCAAGCUGAGCUCCAAGCACCUGGCGGCCCUGCUGGAGGUGGUCUGGAGGAUGAUCAUCACCCAGCGAAGCCGAGCUGUGACCGAGGAGCUGCUGCAGGCAGUAUAUGUUCAGUACCAGCAGAAGAACUUGAGCUUGUCUGUCCGCACCCUCCUGCUUCGCUUCUUUAGACAACUCUACAUACAGGAGCAUCAGAAGCAGCCUCAUAUUGCCAGGAGCAGGAUAUUAGCUCGUUGGUUGGCUUCAUUGCCAGUGCAGUUGGUGCAGCUGGGCAGUCGUAAUCCUCAGCUCUCGGCGCAGCUCCUGCAGACGGUGCAGUCGGCCGCCGCGUGGGGCAACAAAGACCUGCUGCGCAGUCUGCAGACGCAUGCUUGCAGCCUUUACGAUCCUCAGGAGGGCUGCGUCGUGGUGUUGCCGGUGGAGCAUCAGCAACAACUUGUUCAGAUUCUCUACUUCCUGCCAGCUUUUCAUGCUGAUAUCCUGGCCUGCCUCAGCCAAGUCUGCAACACUGGGAAAAUCUCAGCUAGCCUAGCCGCCACACUCAUCCGCACCGUACACCUGAGGUCUCCUCUAAGUGGCUGGUCGAGCAGUUCACAGGAUGUGCCAGUGAGGGACGUGGAUUACCUCAGUUUCCUUUUCUCCACUCUGACAGGAUUUUCUUCGGAGGGUCUGAGAGUGCUCCAGCAGGCAGGAGAAGAAGGCCUGCUGCCCUCCUCGUCCCUCUCACCCCUCAGUGUGUUCCCCACCCCGCUGGAGCAGUUCACACACCACUGGGACGUGGUUGAGGAGGUGUGCCACUGCUUGGAAACUCUGGGCUCUCGGUCUCAGUGCUUCGAUGUUCUGCAGAAUGCUAUUGUGAGGAACCUGUGUGGGCUGGUGGUGGUGCCAGACUGCGUGUGUGCCGCAGUGCUGAGGUGUGUUCCACGCCUGCUGGAUCUCAACUUCCUGCCCAGCGACACGCUCCUCCACUUCCUGUCUGACUGCUGUCUGAGCAUGCUCAGUCUGCUGCUCCAGCUGGAGCAGAGCGCCCGCAAGAGGGAUGCGGUGUGGGAGGCGUGUUUCGCGGCUCUGAGCACGGUGCCUCGGCUGCUGCGGCUGGUGCUGCAGUCUCUGCGCGUGUGUGACCUGUGUGAGUCGGAGCUCCCUCUGCUGGCUCAGAUCCUCUCGCUGCUCCUGCAGCACACGCAGCUCCGUAACCACAUGGCUGCCAACAGCGCCCUGCUGCAGAACAUCAUUCAGGACCUGACGCGUUUCUCUGGCGGGGAGACUCGGGAGCAGUGGCUGACCGACCUGCUCUACUGCUACAGCGUGACCGUCUCCACUCACCGAGCCAACAUGGCUGCUGCGAGGGACAUCUUCUAAGCAGCGCCGUGAUUCAGUGUUUUUCCUCUUCAGUGUUCUUUAAUCCUUUCUUUAUUCUUUUCUCCAUUUUCACAUUUUUUUAAAAACGAGGGAAAAAAUAAACCUGCUGUGAUAAUUACUUAA